AUGGUGCAUUUUACUGCUGAGGAAAAGGCUACCAUCAUGAGCCUGUGGGGAAAGGUGAAUAUAGAAGAGGCUGGAGGCGAAGCCUUGGGCAGGCUCCUCGUUGUCUACCCCUGGACCCAGAGAUUCUUUGACACCUUUGGAAACCUGUCCUCUGCCUCUGCCAUCAUGGGCAACCCCAAGGUCAAGGCCCAUGGCAAGAAGGUGCUGACCUCCUUUGGAGAAGCUAUCAAAAACAUGGACAACCUCAAGGGCACCUUUGCUAAGCUGAGUGAGCUGCACUGUGACAAGCUGCACGUGGAUCCUGAGAACUUCAAGCUCCUGGGAAAUGUGAUGGUGAUUAUUCUGGCUACUCAUUUUGGCAAGGAAUUCACUCCUGAUGUGCAGUCUGCCUGGCAGAAGCUAGUGUCUGGUGUUGCCACUGCUCUGGCCCACAAGUACCACUGAGUCCUUUCUCCAGUUUGCCAGUGUCCCUCUGUGUGUCCCUGACAUCCUCCUCCUGAACAUGGGGACUGGUCUGACCUUGAAAGCAUAGCUUCUGUUUAACGAACUACUUUCUAUUCAGUAAA